CAAGAAGUAUAUUGAAGUAGGAUUUUUAGAGUUUUAGAUAUUGGUGAUUGUUGGGUGGAUGUUACAAUCAAUCAACUAUUUUACAUAGUUUUAGAAAACCUACCACAUGGGGCUCGCUUUCAGAAAUUGAGUAAUAGAAUCAAGAUCAAAUCUUCCCUAGCCGGCCAUCUUCAAAGGCAUUUUAUGUACGGAUUAGUUUCUAUGCAAGUGCAUUACGGAAUGUCCGAAAAAGUAAGGGUAUUUUGGGAAGAAAAUGAAAAGAAUUGACCACAAUAAAUACCCGAGUCUAGUUAAUUUGAAGAUGAGAAACGGAGGAAAAGAAAUGGAAAUAACGGUAGUCCAUUUUAGUUAGGAACAAGUACCGAUCACUCUUUUUAAUAUAGAGUUUAAGGAAGUCGAGAUGUACAUUUUUAUAACAUAACAAGGGGAUAAGAUAUUAUUUAACAAAAAGAUGACUUGAUUUUGUGGCCAUGUAUUUAUUGUGUCUAUUUAGGUUUAAGAGUAAUGAGUUAAUGACACUCUGGACAUGUACAAUUUGCUAUUCAAUUUGUUUGGCUAGAUGUGCUUUUUCCAUUUUCUCUUUUUCACACUCCAUUUCUUCCUACAAUCAAUAAUGGUGACAAAAAUUCCAGGAAUCUGGUUCCUUUUUACUCCUAAAAGCCCAGAUUUUUAGAGCUGGAGAAGAAUGAAAAAAAAUCAUUCAUGUGGGGGUCAGAAAACACUGAAAAAAGAAACCAACAAUUUUACAAGUUGGGGUUUAUAAAGUGUUAAACUUUCACUGAAUUCCAGGACAAAAGUGUAACUAAUUUUUGCAGAACUUACACAUGUAAAAAGUUCAUCUUGUUAUUGUCAGAUUACACAUUCAAGUCCACUUCUUUCAUACCCAAAACACUGUUAAUCCUUGAUUAAUUUGAAAGUAUAUUGAUGAUGGAAGAAAAGGGUAUGUCAAAAUCAUGUAUUGUAGUAUCUAAACCAAGAGAUGAUGAUGAUGAUGAUAGCUUAUGUGCAAUGUACUUUGGUAUGUCUUGUGCCUUAUUUACCCUUAACCAUUUUUCGAGUUCGAGCCGAGCUUUUAAGGAUGAGAAAAUGGAUAAUAAGAUGAUCCAAGGGAGUGUAAACCUCUUAGGAUUAUUAGUAUGGAGGAAACUACAAGAAAAAGAGAGGAUUGGUAGCAAAAAUGAGCUUAUUCGAAAACUCGAGGCCGCGGAAAAGGAGAUCAUUGAGUUGAAGAGAGCAAGAAGUGAGGAUGCAAAAGGCAAUGAUAAAGUUGCCAGCAUAUAUGCUGCGCAAGAACAAAGCUGGUUUGCUGAAAGAAGGAAGUUAAGGCAUCAAAUUGGGAGUCUUUUAAAUGAUUUGAGAAUUCUUGACAGAAGAAAGAAUGAGACUAUUUCUGAUCUGGAUAAAAAGAUGGAAGUUCAUGUUAAGUCUAGGGAAGAAGAUGAAAGGAAGAAGAAGGAGUUGGAGGAGAAACUGAAGUCUGCUGAAAGUGUAAUGGAGGAAAUGAGAGAGUUGAAUAAGAGUAAAGAUGAUGAACAUUCAUCUGAGUUGUUGAAACAUAGAACUGCUUUUAUUGAGCUUGUUUCUAAUCAAAGACAGCUUGAAGCUGAAUUGGGUAGAACAGUUAAACAAGUUGAAGGUGCUAAACAACAGCUUGAGUUUCUGUUUGAUGAAAAGGAGGAAGCUUUGUUAAUGGUGGAAGAGUUGGCUGUUGAGGUUGAGAAGAUGAGGAAUGAGUCUGAACAGAAGGAUAAGAUUAUUUCAGCAAUGGUGAGGAAGAUGAAGGUGGAUUCAUCUGGGAUUUUGAAGGAGGUGAAGUUGUUUAAAUCGAAAAGGAAAACGGAAAGGUUGGGGAGUUUUCCAGGUUCGAGAAAUGAAAGGAGGAGUUUGAGGAAUUUGUUGUCUAGGCAAGUUAGUUCUAGGUUGUUGGAGGGUUUUCCUGGUGAUGAAAACAGAGAACUGAACAACAAAUUAGAACAACGCGUUGCUGGUUUUGAUGAUUUGGAUGAUGAAGUUAGGAAAGGAAUUGAAGAUGAUUAUUCUCCACAGUCUGAACAACAUGGAUUUCCUGCAGAAUGUACUGAUUUUCAUGAUGCAACAAGGUUAGAUGAAUGGGUUCAUGCUGAAGCAGAAAAGUACCACAAUGCAGUAGAGAAGAGACAUCAGCUAGAGUUAGAAGCUUUGGAGGAGCAAAUAAGAAUGAAAGAUGAUAAACUAGAAGCAUGUCGUUGGAAGCUAGUAAGUUCAGAAGUUGAAUCAAAGAAGUUACACUCCAAAACAGAAGAACACAAUCAAGAAAUAUCCCAACUCAAAGAUGAUAACUUCAGAUUAGAGACCUUGUUGGUAAACCGAGAAGUAGAACUCAAAAACUUGAAAGAUCAGAUUUCAAUACAGUUGAACAACUUCAACUCUCAAAAGAGUAAAAAGAAUUCUUCACAUAGGAGAGAUCUUUCGAUGAAUGAAGGUGAUAAUAACAACGGGUGGUCUAAGUUUAAGAUCAGUAAGAAAAAACCAGCUGAACAAGAAGAGGAGAAGAAAGAAGUAGUACAGUCUGUAUCGAAACAUACUUCUUCAACCUCUUUCUCUUCCAUUGAAGAUGUUGAAGAGAAACAUGUUCUGGAAUCUUCUAAAGUGUGUUUGAACAAGACUAAGUGGAAAGUAGACCUUCAUGCUUUGGGUGUUACUUAUAAGAUUAAGCGGCUAAAUCAGCAGCUUCUUAUGCUUGAUAGGUUGACUGGUAAUCAAGAAAACAGUGAUUUGAAGGGUUUUGUUAUGCUGCUUUGUUUGCUGAAGAAGCAAGUUGGGAGGUAUCAGACACUUCAGGAGAAGACUGAUGAACUUAGCAAACGGAUGGGAGAAGACUUGAAUGUUAAACGAGGGAUAUCGAGUUCUAAAAGAACAAAGGAGGAUAAAAGAAAACUAGAGCACUUCCUGGAGGAGACAUUUCAGUUACAGAGAUUUAUAGUGGCGACAGGACAGAAGCUGAUGGAAGUACAGUCCAAAAUUGCUGCUGGUUUUGUUGCUGAGAUAACGAAUGAGCUUGACGGGCCAUCUAACUUUGACAUGAAACGAUUUGGUGAUACGAUGCAAUGUCUGUUUAAGGAUGUACAAAGGGGUCUUGAAGUACGGGUUUCUCGGAUUAUUGGUGAUCUUGAAGGUACAUUGGCUUAUGAGGGAAUUCAUUUUCUGAAGUAGUGAAACUUCAGAAAACCUGAAAACAAAACUCAGGGUUCUUUUGAUUUUUUUUGUAUAUUCUGUGUUUCAGUCAAUUGGUGCAAGAAAUAGAAAGGCUUAUAUUGUAAAUAAACUCCAUAAAUAAAGUAUAAUGUUUGUUUGAUACUGCUAAA